AUGUACAGGAACAAGAGUCUUGCGGGCGACCGCGGCAGCAUCCUCAAGACGCUGCGGGCUACCGAGAUGCUCGACUCCAGGUCGAGUCUCCCAGCAGAAAUCCUCGUUAGCAUCCUUGACUACCUCCCCGUCGCCGACCAGCUGCGCUGCGCCCGCGCCUCCCACCGCCUGCGAGAAAUGGUCUACGACGAUACGCGAUGGGUCUCCCGGUUAAAGAGCAUGGGCUGCUGGGACGAGCUCGAGGCGCGGCGCCGAUUCGAGGACGCUGUGCGAAGGAGGCGUGAAGCGGCCGAACGCGCCAAGAAAGCUGCCAGCCAGGCUAAAGGACCCGAGGCGACGGCACAAACCCCCACGACAACCACACUAUUCGAUGCGUCGGUCGAGGAGGCGAAACGGAACCAACCCAUUGCGGAGGUCCGCGAUGGCUUCGAGACGAUGGCAUUGGGAGCCCCCGCCAACCCCUCCGAGGACCCAGCCGCAUAUCUCGACGUCUUCAAAAAGGUGCGGAGCAUCCGCGGCGGCGCGAGACAAGAGUACGGCAAAGUCUACGGUGCCCUGGCGCCGUUCUACACCGACCUGAUACGGGCAAAGAGCCACGCCGACCCUAUCCUGUUCCAGGCGUUCCGUGACCCGGAGAAGCAGGCACAGAUGCUCGCCAACCUGCAACGGUUCGCGAAGAGCGACUGGGCGCCUGGAUGCUACGAGCGAGAGGAGAAGCUGGCGGGCAUGAUGUCCAUCUUCGAGAGCGCCGUGCUGCGCGAGUUUGAGCAGGGAUAUGAGUUCUGGGACGUGGAUGGGAGAAUGCGUCGGUAUGCCCACGUCUUGCACACGCUGAGCGGUGCGACUGGCGGCCCUGGCCUGGACCUCUUCAUCCAGAAGCAUCCGAUAUUCAACGACAAGGAUCUAAUGGUCAAUGCCAUGGACUGCCUCAAUCAAGCGCCUGUCGACGAAAUCACCCUCGAGCCUUCGCAGCGAUUCUUCGAGAUGCUGCUGACCAAGGUCAACGAGCAGGCCGACGUCAUGGAACGCAUCUUCCCUGACCCCGCGAAUGUCUUUUGGGCCUUUGUCGACAAAGUGAGGGAGGAUGUCAUCAUGGAGUAUGCGACCCCGCUGUUUGACGAGGCACACGCGCGUAGCAUGGCGCCGUACCUCAAGGCCGUCUCGGGAAUCUUUGAGCAGACUAUGCUCUUCCUUCGGUCGCUCAAGCCGCCCAAGGGGUCCACGCGCGAUGUCGCGGACAUUGCAAAGGAGCUGGCGCUGAGAAUCUUUGAACCCCAUCUCGACCUGUACCUCCAGGCCGAGCUCGACUUCUUUACAGACCAUGCCGAGACAGAGGUGUCAAGCUGGGAGAAGAAGUUGACCGAGCAGGACUCGUCCCUAGAAUCGUUCUACAUGUCCAACAUCAACCGAUCGGCGGACAAGAAGGACUUCCUGAGCUCGUUCAAGAAGGUCGUCAUGAUGCCCGUCACGGUGCUUCCUACUGGCCUUCUCGGCUCGCCCUUUGCGACCAAGCCAGCUACGCCUGCCCCAGAAGCGAAUGGCCGCUCUUCUCUGGUUCUUCAACCCUCACGGCCAGAAACGCCUAGUCUUGACGGCGUUGAAGGCCGGAGAACAACACCCUUGCCUGAAAAGGCGCCGACUGACGAACUGGCAGCCAAGGCGGCCAUCAUGGCGUCCAAGCUGGAGGGCAUCAAAUCCUUAUUCAGCAUCGAGAUUGCCCUGAACCUCGUCCACGCUGCCAAGACAAGUCUUGGGCGGGCCGCUGUAUUCAUUCAGCUCGGAGGACAGGCUGGCGGCGAGGCUCGAGAACAGUGCGCCACCAUGUUCGUCGUGCUCCUCCGGAUACUUGGGCAGAAGCACGUCAAGUCCGGCUUCAACAUGGCUGUGGACCACCUUUCGCACUACAACCCGCGUGAAGUUAGCGACCACAACAAAGCUGGCGUGGCGCCGCUCGUCACCUUUAUCGAGCUCGUCAACGUUGGCGACCUGAUCUCACAGAUGAUCGACGUCUUCUACGAGCAGCAACUGACGACGCCCAAAAUCGCCGACCGCAACGACUUCCUCGACCCGGCCGGCCUCGCCAAGAAGAAGUUUGAGCAGAUGCUCGACGAGAGCGUUGCCGCCGGCCUCAACAAGGGCAUCGACGUCCUGAUGGAUGAGGUUGAGUACCUCCAGGCCACCACCCAGCUCCCUAUCGACUAUAACCCGGUGGCGCUGGACUCCGCCUCGGCCGCCGGUGCGGAGCCGGACAUCGGCCCCACUGCCACGGCCCAGCGCAUCGUCGACCUCGUUUCGUCGCACACGACGAUGCUCGUCGGCACGACAGACAAGUCGAUGCUGGACGUCUUCAACGGCGAGGUCGGCCUCCGCCUCUUUACCGCCAUCUGCAAGCACCUCAAGCGCCAGCGCGUCAGUACCGACGGCGCCAUCAAGCUCAUCGCUGACAUGAACCUGUACUUUGGGUACGUCCGCACCCUCAAGAACCAGGAUCUGCUCGCCUACUUUGGCGCGCUGCGCGAGCUCAGCCAGAUCUACCUCAUCGACCCCAGCCACGCAAAGGACAUGGCCACGGUCAUCGCUGACGGAGACCGCUUCGGGGGUGUAUUUCGCGCUGAGGAGGUCUACGAGUACGCGCAGCGCAGGGCCGAUUGGUACCAGGUCCGGGCUCGUGUUGAGAGGGCCAUGUAUGGGAUGGAGUGCUCCCUCAUGUGA